AUGUCAAACGUAGCACAAUCUAGUUCAUGGACAUCAUUUCUCAAGUCCAUUGCUUCAUUUAAUGGAGAUUUAUCAUCAUUAACUGCACCACCAUUUAUUUUAUCACCAACUUCAUUAAGUGAAUACUCCAAAUACUGGUCAGAGCAUCCAGAUUUAUUAAUGGAACCAAACUUUUUGGCCAAUUCCGAGAAUGCCGAAAAGUAUGAGAUUGAAGCUAUGUCAUUGAAAAGAACCAUUGCAGUUGCAAGAUGGUUUAUUUCAACCUUGAGAUCACAAUAUUGUUCUCGUAAUGAAAAUAUGGGAUCGGAGAAAAAACCACUCAAUCCAUUUUUAGGAGAAGUUUUCGUUGGUAAAUGGCAAGAUUUAUCAAAAGAUGGUAAGAUUGGAACUACUAAUUUAUUAAGUGAACAAGUUAGUCAUCAUCCCCCAGUUACUGCUUAUAGUAUUUAUAAUGAAAAAAACAAUACUUUAUUACAAGGAUAUAAUGGAAUUAGAUCAUCAUUUUCAACAACUUCAAUCAAUGUUAAGCAAUACGGACACGCUCUUUUAAAUUAUCAAAAUUUGAAUGAAGAUUAUUUGGUGACUUUGCCACCAUUGCACAUUGAAGGUUUAAUUACUGCCUCUCCAUUUGUUGAAUUAGAAGGAACCUCUUAUAUCCAAGCUUCCAGUGGUUAUAUUGUUGUUUUUGAAUUUUCGGGAAGAGGUUAUUUUUCCGGUAAAAAAAAUACUUUUAAGGCUCGUAUAUAUAGGGACAUUUUAUCUUCUUCAAAUAAAGAAAACGCCUUGGUUACUAUAAGUGGUCAAUGGUCGGGUAAAUCUUAUAUUGCAAAAGGUUCCACUACUCCUUCGAGUAAAUCAGAUGAAUUAUUUUAUGACGCUCAAUACAAAAAACCAGAAGAAUUGAUUGUUAAACCAAUUGAUGAACAACACGAAUUAGAAUCAAGAAAAGCUUGGUCAAAAGUGGCCGAAGCAAUUAAAAAAUCCGAUUAUGAUUUAAUCCAUGUCGAAAAACUGAAAUUAGAAAAUGAACAACGUGACUUAAGGAAAAAGGAACAAGAAUCAGAUAUCAAAUGGGAAACCAGAUGGUUUGACUCAAUCGAUUACUCCGACUCCUCUUACCGUGAUGCUUUCACCAACUUGAUCAAUUUAUCUAAUUUAUCAAUAAAAAACUGUCCUUCCGGUAGUGUUAAAGGCGGUAAAUACGAUAGCGGUGAUGCCAAACACUGGAGAUUCAAUCCUUCCAAAUGGCAAAACGAAUCCGAAAUUAAACUUUGA